CUCGUUUUGGUUGUUGGUAUCCUAUGAUGUCACUUGCAUUUGGCUAUAUUCCGUUUUUGUCCACAUUUUGUCAAAACCAUGUUCUUUAUCACUAUAGAAGAGGACAAGGUUCUCUGUUAAAGCUUCGUUGCAGUAUAGAAACUCAGCGUAUGAGUAAAGCUAUUCCCUUCUUUCCAAAGCCUGCCAGAUUGGAUGAAAGUAUGCCAGGUUAUGCUGGUUUCGAUCCUUUAGGGUUUAGUGACAAGUUUGACGUCAAGUUCUUACAGGAAGCAGAAAUAAAACACUGUCGUAUUUGUAUGUUGGCUGCUUUGGGUUGGGUUGUUCCUGAGUUUUGGCAUCUUCCUUCAGAAGUGUUUUCGAAUACCAGUCCUUUAGCUGCGUUGGGACAAGUACCCAAGUUGGGCCUUAUCCAGAUUCUUUUAUUAGUGUUAGCACUGGAAGCAAUAUCGCUUGAUAAGAUAACCUUCCAUCCAGAAAAGGAACCUGGUGACUUUGGUUUUGAUCCGCUAGGCCUAGGCAAAGGAAAUGCAAAAAAGUGGAUGCAGACUGCAGAACUGAAGAAUGGAAGAUUGGCAAUGAUUGCUAUGGGAGCUUUCUUUCAUCAAAAUUUAUUAACUAAUCAAGGAAUAUUUGAGCAACUUAGAACACACAACUUUUUUCCAACGACAUUUCCUUUGCAUUGAGUUUUAUUUGUUGGUUGAUAUAUUUGGGGGAGGGGGUUAUUUGAGUUGAAUAUUUUCUAAAAAACUUCAAAAG